AUGGGCGUGGGCGCUGCGCUACCGAUCGUCGACUUGGCAUCCUUCGCCUCGGCGGAGGACCUGGGCGCCGAGCUCAUGCGCGUGGGAAGGAACCCGGGCUUCUUCUACGUGGUAGGCCACGACCUCAGUGACGACGUUGCGUCGCAUGUCUUCAGACUGGCGCAGCACUUCUUUGAUGCACCUGCGGAGGAGAAGCUAGCCUAUGGGAAUGGGAGCGGUGAUCUGUUUUCAGCUGACAGCGGCCCCCCCUUUCGCUUGCUGCAGGGCUAUACAGGCAUGAGGGAAGAAACGCUCUCGGGAAAAGGACCCGGUGAUGUCAAGGAAUCAUUCUAUCUCGCAGACCCCGGCACGUCACAGCAGCCACUGCCACCACGACUCGACCGCCACCGUGAGCAGCUGGCCGCCUUCUUUCAUGACUGUGAUGCACUGGCCAAGAAACUUCUGAAAGCCAUGGCUAUAGGACUGGGGGUGCCCCAGGAUUAUCUGUCCAAGGCUCACACGGGCGAGAGCUGCCGCAUGCGACUAAUCAACUAUCCCGCUGUCUCCUGCGAGUCGCCAAAACGAGAUGCUGUCAAUAACGACAGCGGUGACAUUCGUGCGGGCGCACAUUCCGACUAUGGCUCGCUAACUCUAUUAUUCCGCCAACCCUCGGAUCAAGGCGGUCUCCAGGUGCUUCGGCAGGACGACUCGGCUGGGCCGACAUGGAUCGAUGUGCCGUGUCUACCCAAUGCGAUCGUCGUCAAUAUUGGCGACGCCCUGGAGUUUUGGACCGCAGGACGGCUGCGGUCAACCGUUCACAGGGUGGCAUUCCCGCGCAACGCCAAGGAGAACGUGGCAAGACUGAGCAUCCCCGUCUUCAUCCAGCCUGACCGCAAUGUUGUGUUGGCCCCGAUAGGGGUAAGCGGGGGCAGUUCCGAGGGACAGCCCGCUGUCGACGAUGCAGGGUUCCUCAACGUCCUCAAGCGCAAGGGCUACGCCAGCGCCGCACCUGUGACGAGCCACGAACACUUGACAAGUCGCAUUCGUCGUCUGGGACAUUUCUUAGGUGGCGCUGUACACACUGAAGUUGCCGGUCCACUCCGUCUCUGUUGGCAGGGCGCUGAAAGGACUGGGCCAGGGAAUAUGAUCGAGAUACUCCAUGGGAAUGGUGAAGUUGUGCGGUACGACGAAGUGCUGAAUGGGAAUUUCAGCUCGGGGUUCAUGCGCUGCAUGUGUGAGCUCUGGCUCGUUCAAAAUGGACGUAUCCUGCGGUUGCGUUCGCUCGAGGUACUCGUCGAUCCGACCAAUGUGCUGCAGGAGCUUCUGGCCAGCCUCAACAGCCAGAGGUAG